AAAUUGCCAUCAAUUAUGCCAGAAAGUUGCAUCCUGAUUGCCAUUGGUGUGCUACUUGGGGCAAUUAUUUAUGGGACAGAUCACAAAGCACCGCCUGCUAUGAGGACAGAUAUCUAUUUCCUUUAUCUACUGCCUCCAAUCGUACUGGAAGGGGGAUAUUUUUUACCAACUCGUCCUUUUUUUGAAAACAUUGGAACCAUUAUUUGGUGGUCAGUGAUGGGGACUAUUAUUAAUGCUUUUGGCAUUGGAAUUUCCCUAUAUGGUAUCUGUCAGAUUGAAGCCUUUGGUUUGCAGGAUGUAUCUCUGCUACAGAAUUUGUUAUAUGGAAGCUUGAUUUCAGCAGUGGACCCCGUAGCUGUCCUUGCUAUUUUUGAGGAAAUAUCUGUGAAUGAACAGCUAUACAUGAUGAUCUUUGGAGAAUCAUUGUUGAACGAUGGUAUAACUGUGGUACUAUAUAACAUUUUUAUCUCACUCACACAAAUGCACACAUAUGAAUCCAUUGAAGCAGUGGACAUUCUUGCUGGUAUAGGGCGUUUUUUUAUGGUUGGCAUUGGUGGAGUGUUUUUUGGGAUUAUUUUUGGUUUUGUAUCUGCAUUCAUCACUCGGUUCACCAAGAACAUAUCUUCUAUUGAGCCUCUACUUGUUUUCAUGUUCAGUUAUUUAUCCUACCUGUCUGCAGAAGCAUUCUACCUCUCUGGAAUCUUGGCCAUGACAGCCUGCGCGAUGACCAUGAAAAAAUAUAUUGAAGAAAACAUUUCAAAGAAUUCAAGCACGACAAUUAAAUACUUUAUGAAGAUGAUGAGCAGCGUGAGCGAGACUCUCAUAUUUAUCUUCAUGGGCGUCACCACAAUUGGAAAAAACCAUGAGUGGAACUGGGCUUUUGUCAGUUUCACUCUACUCUUCUGUCUGAUUUGGCGAGCACUGAGUGUGUUUCUUCUGUUUCCUAUCAUAAACCGUUUCCGGACAUACCCGUUCAAUUUGAAAGACCAAUUCAUCAUUGCCUACAGUGGUUUACGGGGCGCCAGUAGCUUCUCUCUUGUAUUUUUAUUACCAAUUCUGUUAUUUCCUAGGAAAAAAAUGUUUAUCACGUCAACAAUUGUAGUUAUAUACUUCACAGUAUUUGUUAAGGGACUGACCAUUGGACCUUUGGUUAGAUUUCUGAAUGUGAAGAGGACAUCUCGAGAGCAGACUGUGAAUCAAGAGAUUCAUACACGGUUAAUGGAACACCUGAAGACAGGCAUCGCAGAUAUAUGUGGCCACUUUGGACAUUAUCAAAUGAGGGAAAAAUUUAAAAUAGUGGACAACAAAUUUCUACGAAAAGCUCUUAUCCGUGACAAUCAGCCUAAAUCAAGUAUAGUUUCCCUUCAUGAAAAGCUUGAGAUUAAGCAAGCCAUUGAGAUGACAAAAAUUGGCAUAAGCAAAGAUACUUCAUUGACCUCAUUACAAACAUAUAAAAGAAGAAAAACUGCAUUUUCCCCAGAAGAUGUUGUACAGAUGAAAGGCAUAUUAACAAACAGCCUGUAUCGAGUCCGGCAAAGGACAUCUUCAUAUGUCAAGUACAAUCUACCAAAAGAAGAUAGUGAGAGACAAAACCGAGAGAUACUCGUUCGUCGCUUUUCAAGCAUCAGGAAAGGAAGCAGCCUGCCAUGGGGAAGACAGACGGAUGCCAGAAAUGUACGCUUUUUAUCACUUCCCCAUAACUCUUAUAAUGCGGGACAAUAUAAUCAACAAGAAUCCUUUCAAGGUAAUUUCUGUAAAAAAUAA